AUGUCACCGGCUCAACAGCUUUUUUGGAUAAUUGCUGCAAUAUUUUUCAUUACGGGGUACAGGUGCUGUGACGAGGAAUACCGACUGAUCCGUCACCUGAUGCAGAAGUACGACGCGUCGGUGAGGCCUGUUGAGAACUCGUCCCAUCCUCUGCUAGUCACGUUUGGAGUAUCAUUGCAUCAUAUUAUAGACGUGGAGGAGAAGGACCAACUGCUGACAACCAACUGCUGGAUCACGCAGGUCUGGAUGGACUAUCACCUGCGAUGGAACACCAGCGACUUCAACGGCAUUGGCGUCAUCAGAAUACCAUACGAGAGGGUGUGGAAGCCAGACAUUAUUUUGUAUAACAAUGCGGACCCCAAUUACCGCUCAGCUGUUAUCAACACCAACGUGAUAGUGAAGCACACGGGAGAGGUGACCUGGUUGAGUCAUGGGAUCUACGUGUCUGUGUGCGACAUCAACGUGGAACAAUUCCCGUUUGACGUCCAGCUGUGCACCAUGAAGUGGGCUUCCUGGACGUAUGACGGAUUCCAGCUCGAUUUGAAGAAGCAAUUCGACGAGGGAGACACCACAAAUUACCAGACGAAUGGCGAAUUUGACCUGGUCAGUUUCGAUGCGAUCCGCCACGACCAGUACUACUCGUGUUGCGUGGAGCCUUACCCAGACAUCACAUACGUCAUCAAGCUGAGGCGCAGGCCUAUGUUUUAUGUCUUCAACCUGAUACUACCAUGUUUGCUGAUCAAUGGGAUCGCUCUUCUGGUAUUCUACGUGCCGUCGGAGUCGGGUGAAAAGGUGACACUGGGAAUCAGCGCGCUGCUGUCCAUGACCGUCUUCUUGAUGACUAUCCGGGAUACCCUACCGCCUACCGAGAAAACACCACUUAUCAGUCUUUACUAUGGUGUGAGUACCUGUUUGGUGUCGUUCUCAGCGUCGCUGUCCGUCGUCACUCUCAACAUAUCAUACAGAGGAGUGAGAGGCCAGCCGGUGCCGGCCGUGCUGCGCGAGCUGGUGCUGCAGCGGCUCGCGCGCCUGCUUUACAUCAAUUUCGACACGGACGCUGCAAAGGGUGACAGUGGUCUGAUGUCGGGAGGGCCUGGAGUUCAGGUGAACCCUCGCACUGGGUCGCGGCUAAAAGCAGACGUGCGCUGCGACGGCGCUCCCCUGCCUCCCGCUUCCCCGCGGUUUUCCCGUCACAAUCAUAACCACAUGGGCGGAGCGGGUGUGGUGGCUGGAGCGGGCGUGGCGCUCCCUGUAGGCGAGCCAACAUGCACGGCAACAUGUUCGCGGUGUGUUUGUUGUGGGUGUACGAUCCGGGAAGCAGCGGCGAGGCACGAACAACGCGUUGCUGCCAACGAGCGCUUGGAGCGAGCUAAUCUUGAAUGGAAACAGGUCGCCGUUGUGGCCGAUCGCGCCCUCCUAGCAGUCUUCGUGCUGGUCACCACCAUAGCCACGGCCGCGAUCCUACUUCCCCAGCUGAACAACCUGCACGUCGGAAACACGCCUCUAAAGCCACCCACCUAGAGACCGUUCUCCCCUGCCACGUGGGAUCAGACACCAACGAAUUAAACAGAAGUGCCAAAGGCCGAGUGUCAAUGAAAUGUGUCAAAAUAGUGCCAAGUAAUCAAACAAUUUUAAUAUUUACUUGUGAUCUGAGUGGAAUCAAGCUAUGUGAUAAAACCUGCGUCAGGGGAAAUUUUAACCUUAAAUUUUAGAUUAGAUAAGUAAUGACAUUUUAUAAUGUGAGUGAUACAUAAAUUUAAUUUUAAAAAUUUAUGUUUAAAAAAAAUAUUUUUGUUUUUUUUUUCCUAUAAGUUUUUUAUAAUCAAAAAUAAAAGUAGUGUAUACUCACAUAAAUCACGUCCUUAUCCCUUACGGGAUAGACACAAUCAAUAGGCGCAAGACUCGAAGAUAUCACGUCUACUUAAGUAAGUAAUAAGGCAAUUAUUUGGUAUAUACGACAACAAUAAUAAUAAAUUAACAUUAUUUAACCCAAUGAUGGGGUUGGAUUAAUUCAAUAUAAAAAGAAAAACGUUAUACUUAUUAUUAAAAUAUGAUUAUUAUUACAUACUUAUUUAUUGACAAUAAAUUAUUUUAUUAAACUAUAAAUUGGAUAAUGAGGUAUUAACAAUUACAGUUAGCAAUCUUAAAAAAUAUUGAAUGCAUUAAAUAAUUAAUUUGAUAAAACAUGAAAAAUUCAAAGGAAAAUCGUAACUCAUUGCAGUGCAUAUUAUAUAUUCUUAUAUAAUCAUGAAAUAAGUAAAUAAAUAUCUUCAAAUUCUUUAUAAUUACAAUCUAUAACAAACAUUUAUGUGACCGUUAACUUUAACAAUCCGAUAUCCAUAAGUCAAUUAGCUCAUUUAAUGAAAAAUCUUUGUAAAUACAUGUUAAAUGUUGAAAAAUUCAUUGUGUGAAAAUUAUACAUAAGUUAUAAACGGAUAUACGCUAGCUAGCAUCCUUAUUGUAAUGUAUAUUUAAAUGCAUUUUAAAAUACGAAUUUUAUACCCGGCAUGUUUUAAAGUCUAUAUUUGUAUGCGUUUUGUUUUCCUUUCACUUGUCAAAGCGAGAUUUCAAUUCCUCUGCCGUACCUGCGUUCUUUUUCCACCUUUUCCCCUCAUUCGCUAUCGCCUUUCAUGAUCUUGUCCCCAUUUCUGUGUAAAUGUCAUACUCAAAAACCGUUCAUUUUGGUUGAAUAUUUUUUUCAUCAUUUCAUGUAUAAAUAUUCGAUCGCAUUGCAUUUGAUUUUUUACAAAGUAGAGAAGAAUCCCUCUCCAAUAAUCCUUUCGAAUUGAAAAUUAAACAACAUUUUGAAGGCGCCCCUUAAAGAUUUUUUAAAGUGGUAACCACGAAAAAUACAUGGACUGUACAACUUCUAAAAGGAAAACAUUUUAUAAUAUAAGUAAACAAAAAACGAAUGUUGGUAAAAACACCUUAAUAACUUUAUUUAUAAGAACUUAUUUUAAUUGUUGGAAUUAGGUUUAAAUGCAUGUAAAUAUUUAUAAACUACAAAUUAUGUCCUUUAUAAAAGACGCAUCAAUUGUUACAGUAAGGUAGGUGGAUUAUGCUCA